AUGGGUGAGGUCUCGGAAGACUGGAAGGUAAAGACUGUUGUGCCCUUAUUCAAGAAGAGCUGCAAAGAAAAACAUGGGAAUUAUAGAUCAGUAAGCCUAAUACCUGUGAUAGAUGAACAACAGAGACAACGAAUAUGGAAAGCUCUGCAUGAAAUUAGUUCUUUAACAUGUGUAAAGUUUUAUUAUAGGCGAAAUGAAGAAACUGCCUAUAUUAAUGUUAGGUCAAAAGGCGGGUGCUUUUCAAAUGUAGGGUACGGAAAUAAUGCAAGGCUAUUAUCACUGAAAAUACCCCAUUGUCUGCAUUUUGGUGUGAUAACACAUGAAUUUCUACAUGCAAUUGGUUUUCAGCAUGAGCAAUGCCGAAGUGAUCGUGAUAAAUAUAUCAAGAUUUUAUGGGAAAAUAUUUCACCAAGAUUAAAAUAUAAUUUUAAUCUCCUAAAUACAAAUAAUCUGAACAUGACAUAUGAUUAUGGCUCAAUCAUGCAGUAUGGCAGAUAUGCCUUUUCCAAGAAUAAGAAACCUACUAUGGUACCAGUAAAUGAUUCAAACAUUGAACUUGGACAAUAUCGAGGGCUUUCCACCUUGGAUGUUUUGAAGAUUAACAAGUUGUAUAACUGCGGUCAUGAGACUCACAAGGGAUUGCAGCAAAUGUUUACCAGGCUGAUUCUGGGGAUGGCAGGACUGACAUAUGAGGUGAAACUGCAUCAAUCUCCAAGAUUCAUGCGUAGCAGUGAAUGAAU